UUCUCUCUGUAAACGUUUUCAAAUUUUCUGAGAGUAAUCACAAGCACAAUCAUGGUGCUUUUGGGAGCAGUAGGGUUAGUGUUGGAUGACUCCGGUUCUCUGUGGACUGUGGUUUUGGUCACUGCAAGCUUCGUGGGUGUUCUACUGGCCUUGAAGUUGGAGACUGUAAAUUGGUGGCUCUAUGAAACGAAGUUGGGGGAGAUACAGUACUCUCUCCCACCUGGUGACUUGGGUUUGCCCUUCAUCGGAAAUAUGUGGUCUUUCCUCAGAGCGUUCAAAUCCCACAACCCUGAUUCCUUCAUCAACUCCUACGUUUCCAGAUUUGGAAAAAUUGGAAUCUACAAGGCCUACAUGUUUGGGUUUCCCAGUGUCAUUUGCACAGUGCCAGAAACAUGUAAAAGAGUUUUGACAGAUGAUGACGCAUUUAAGACCGGGUGGCCUGUUUCCACUGUGCAGCUGAUCGGAAGGAAAUCAUUCAUUGGCAUCUCUUUUGAAGAGCACAAGCGUCUGAGAAAAUUAACAGCAGCUCUGGUCAAUGGUCAUGAAGCAUUGUCUGUGUACAUGACGUAUAUCGAUGAUAUUGUUGUAUCAUCUUUGGAAAAAUGGUCCACCAUGGGAGAGAUAGAGUUUCUAACUCAAGUCAGAAAGCAUACUUUUAAGAAUAUUAUGUAUAUCCUCCUUAGUUCAGAGAGUGAGCCUGCAUUGGAGGCUCUAGAGAAAGAGUAUACAACACUUAACUAUGGAAUUAGAGCCAUGGCUAUCAACAUUCCCGGAUUUUCUUACCAAAAGGCACUUAAGGCACGGAAAAAGCUUGUUGCUAUAUUUCAAACUAUUGUGAAUGACAGAAGAGCUGAGAAGAAGGCCGAAAAUUUUACGAAAAAGAGGCAAGAUAUGAUGGACUCUCUACUGGAAGUUGAGGAUGAAGAAGGAAAUAAACUUACGGAUGAAGACAUUAUAGAUAUUCUGCUCAUGUACUUGAAUGCUGGUCAUGAAUCUUCAGGUCAUACCAUAAUGUGGGCUACAACUUACCUACAACAACACCCAGAAUAUUUCCAGAAAGCCAAGGCUGAGCAAGAAGCAAUCUUGAAGAGGAGGACACCAACUCAGAAAGGAUUGAACCUCAAGGAAUACCGAGAAAUGAAAUACCUUUCCAAUGUGAUUGAUGAAACUCUCCGUGUUGUUUCUUUCGCACCUAUGGUUUUUCGUGAGGCAAAAAAAGAUGUCAAUGUGAACGGUUAUAUUAUUCCCAAGGGGUGGAAAGUCUUAACAUGGUUCCGGAGUGUUCACUUGGAUUCUGAAAUAUAUGAAAAUCCAAUGGAGUUCAACCCUGAUAGAUGGAUAAAUUAUACACCAAAACCAGCAACUUUUAUGCCCUUUGGAGCUGGAAGCAGGCUGUGCCCCGGUAAUGAUAUUGCCAAGAUGGAAAUUGGAAUUUUCCUUCACCAUUUUCUGCUCAACUAUAAGCUAGAGAGGCUUAAUCCUGAGUGCCCAUUAAUGUACCUACCGCAUCCGAGGCCAAAAGACAAUUGCUUGGCAAGAGUCAGGAAAGUUACAUCAGAGGAAAUCAGAGAAGUAAAUAUGUAGCACCAACACUUCGACACUCCCCGACACUCCGACCCGGCCCAACACAAUGUCUGACGUGUCAGUAAUAUUGACUUUUCUAAAACUUCCCCGAGACUUUGGCCGACAUGUCAAGUCAUUAUUUUAUAUAAAAAUUAGAAAAACAAAAAUAAACAUAAAUAACUCAAGUUUUGUUUCAAUCCCAACAUUUUCUUUUCUUUUUUCCUUAGAUUUAUUUGUUUUGAAUUGUUAUGCAAUGGAAUGAACUUUAAUCUUUAAUUUAACA